AUGUCAGACUACUACAAUGGAAUCCUCAUUGACGACUGUACCUUGGCAACCUGUCCAAUUAGUUUGGCGCAUGUCACCUACCAGCCAAACCUUGCAGCAAACAUUCUAUUCGUCCUGAUUUUCAGCGUUAUUAUGGCUGCACAAGCUUACCUGGGAACGAGAUUCCGCAUAUGGACAUACAUGGGAGCGAUGCUCCCGGGUCUUAUUCUUGAAGUAUUGGGAUACGCUGGUCGUAUCAUGAUGCAUCACAACCCAUUCAACUUCAGCGGAUUCCUCUUGUAUCUUAUUCCUCUCACUAUUGGACCUGCUUUCUUCACCGCUGCCAUCUACAUUUGCCUUGGAAAAAUCGUCAUUGUGUACGGAGAGGAUAUCUCCCGACUUCGCCCGAAGACAUACAGUUACAUUUUCAUGACUUGUGAUUUGAUCGCUUUGAUCCUUCAAGCUGCCGGUGGUGCUGUGAGCUCUAUUGCGAAGUCUGACCAACAAAGCCUGAGCAAUGCUGGUGUUAACACCAUGAUUGCUGGUUUGGCUUUCCAGGUUGGAUCGCUGACCUUGUUCGUCGCACUCGCUUUGGACUUUGCUUUGAGGGUGCGUCGUAGCGCAGAGAUCAUGAAGAACGAGGCCACUGACUCUCUUCGUGCCAGUCGCAAGUGGACGAUGUUCCUUAUGGGUCUUGGAGUUGCCGUCCUCACUAUCUACAUUCGAUCCUGCUUCCGUGUUGCCGAGCUACAGGGCGGAUUCAGCAGUGCUCUCGCCAACAACGAAGUUGCUCUGAUGAUUCUGGAGAGUGCUAUGGUUACCAUUGCCUGUGUGGCCAUGACUGUCGCCCACCCAGGAAGAAUUAUGGGUGACCAGUGGAGAAUGCUCUCGGCCAAGGCUCAGGGGCACUACAGUAACGCCACCUUGUCUAAGCAGCCAAUGGUUUCUUCUGGAGAGGAGCUCCAGAGUGUUUAA